AGCUUAUCGACCACCCAUCCUCCCGUGCUUUGAGAUGACAAGUCGAACAGAUUGUCCGGUCAAGUGCCACGGUCAGUUCUAGUGCCCUCUCGAAGAUGUGUUGUAGGAGAACUAAGGGAAACAAAAUUCCAUGUACUACUCGCAUGACCUGGCGUACAAUCACGGUAUAUACCAGCCGACGGUGAUUUUUGCCACUACUGCCCGACACCGCUUGAUGGACAAGGUGAAGAUUCAGAUACGUCAUCAUCUGUUUAGCUCCACAAAAAUGACGAGCACAUCAUUGUGGAAG